GUUAAAUUUUCCUAAUGGAUUAAAACUAUAUCCAUUUAAAGAACCCUAUUAGUACUGCGCUUGCGCCAAUAUAUAAAUCUGAGAUUUUAAAGAAUUAUGUCAGCAGCUCAACAGUAUUUAGGUAGCAAGCUCAGCUUAAUAUCGAAAGCAUGUAUUAGAUAUGAAGGAGUGUUACAUUCUAUAGACCCUGUUAAAGCUACGUUAACACUUUCUAAUGUGCGUAUGUUUGGAACUGAAAAUAGAAAUCUAGAAUCUCCUGUUGAUCCAUCUGAUAAACUUUAUCGAUAUAUCUCAUUCAAAGGAAGUGACCUUAAAGACAUCUAUAUGUGUGAAGAUAAAAAGACACCAUCCAAUGAUAUACCAGAUCCUGCCAUUAUUGAGCAUUCUGAAGCAAUCAGCAACUCAUCCAGCAUACCUACACCUAUAGGUGUAAUACCAGAGAAUCAUCCAACUCAACUUAAAAACCAAAUACCAACAAAUUUUUAUGGUAUGGAACAGUAUUCUGAAAGCUUAACAAAUAGCAGGAAAUCAUCACCACAAAUUGAUCAAGCUACCCAAGUCACUCCUGUCAACAAAAAUAAUGCUAAACACCAAUCUUCCCACUACAAUCAAGCUAAUAUAAAUACCACAAAAAUCAGUCAACAACAUCCAGCUUCUAAUUUAAAUUCAAAUUUACAAAAUUUACAUUCUUCCAAUAGCUAUAACUAUUACAAUGGGUUCAACAAUAAAAUCGGCAAUAAUCAACAUAAGAUGGCGGCGAAUUUCAAUUCUAAUCAGCACAUGUCUUACAAUAGGAAUAACAUGGGAAUUGGGAAAAAUUAUACAAAUAAUUUUUCUCACAAUCAAUUCCAUAGUAAUGCGAAUUCUUCAAACCAGAAUUAUGCCGCUAAUGCUAAUAGGAGAUUUGGAGGGAGCUUUGGAAACAAUUUUGGAACAAACAAUAGAUACAAUUCAAAUUCCAUGCAGCAACAACAGCAGCACCAUUACAACCAAAAUCACUAUCACCAAAAUCUCAAUAGAUAUGGCAAUAAUCGUCCCCCAACUGUCAAUCACGCCAUCAAUCAAACCUCCCUCCCUAAAGAGGAUUUUGACUUUGAGGGCUCUAAUGCUCAGUUUGACAAGGAAAGCUUAAGCCGGGAUUUUGCUAAUAAACUCAAAUUAAUAGUCAAUGAUACCACUUCGUCCUCGAUAUCAAGUGCCGCUGGCGAGAAGAUUCAAUCAGAAGAUGCUGAUCACCAGGAGGAAAAUGACUUGUUAGAUAUUGACCACGACCUGUCAAAACAAAAUGACGCAAAUGAAGACGAAAACGCGCGUUUUUACGAGCCCGCCAAAUCAUUUUUUGAUGAUAUAAGCUGUCAGACAAACAUGGAAGCUAGGCGUAAGCUCAUGCGAAAAUUGGCUGUUUCGGGACAGGACACCGGGUUUCAAAGUCGCCCUGAUACCGGAUACAGAACCGGCGGUUUUGGGAGGCGGGGCAUGGACGUGGAGACGUUUGGCAGAACAAAUGUAGGAGGGAAUUAUAGGAAUACCAAUUAUGGAUAUAGAGGUGGUCACAAUAAAUCAGACAGAAACGUUCAUCCUAAUCAAUCUUCCAAUAAUUCGAAUUCCACUGUGAAUGCUAACGCUAUCAAAGUGGGUGGAUCUUAUUGAAAAUUGGUGCACUCUAGCUUGUAUCGGAUUUAUCUUUAAUUACCAAAUAGAUACUGAUAUAUAAUAUGGUUUGAUGGAGAUUAACUAAUAUUUAGUUGAAAUUUAUACACAUUUUAUUCGUUCAAUGAUAAUUAAAUUUAUA